UCAGUCUUCGAGAUGGGUUGAUCAGCAGGGAUUAUUAUUUGUGCGUUCGGAGGAGCAAAAAGGAAGCAGCAGAAAAAACAUUCUUCUGCCAUGGAGGUUUCUGUACAAGCACAGAGGCCGCUCAGUUGCAGAGGACUUUUCCAACCGAGAAGGACCAUCUUAAAUCUCCAACCUUUUACUGGGUUCUUUCCCCAUCGAAGGUAUUCUUCAUGGUUCAAAGGAAACCUGACAAGUGGGGUUUCAUACCAAAUUACUGCCAGUUCCGCCGAGUUUUCAAGGAGGAGACAAAGAAAAGUGUCUCCCGCUUCAAAGGGAUUAGUGCCAGAAACCCCGGCAGGAACUAGCGUCCAGAAGACGAAUCAAAGGAAUACUGGGGACGAAAAGGGUAUGACAUCUUUGGCAUCCAGUGAGCUUGCUGGGAAAAAUAAGAAAACACAUCAAUCGAGGGUUGACACCAGAAGAGAAUGGGCAGUUGAACCUUCAGAAGAGAGCAAAGUUGACGAAAAAAGAAUUGAUGAAACUAGUAGUAAAGUCGAGGAAUCACCUUCAGUUGGCAAGCAGACAGCAAUUGAUAGGGGUAUUCGAGGGAUAGAAAAUGGGUGUGUAGGUAAGGCCCUUGAUGACAUCUCAGAUACUGAUAAAGGCAUUGAUACUGAUAAAAAGUUAACGAAUGAAGAUCCUUUAAAGUUAAAGUUGGAGAGGGAAGAAAAAUUGCGUAAAGAGGAAAUUGCGAGGCUUGCUGAGGAAAACUUCUCAAGAGGGAACAAAAUAUUUUUCUAUCCUCAGGUGGUGAAACCUGAUCAAGACAUAGAAGUGUUCCUUAAUAGAAGUAUAUCAACCCUAAGCAAUGAGCCGGAUGUUCAAAUAAUGGGAGCCUUUAAUGACUGGCGUUGGAAAUCUUUUACCUUCAGGUUGAACAAAACACAACUCAAAGGGGAUUGGUGGUCUUGCCAGUUUCAUGUUCCUAAAGAGUCAUAUAAAAUAGACUUUGUGUUCUUUAAUGGGCAAAAUGUUUAUGACAAUAAUGAUGCUAAAGAUUUCUGCAUAACUGUGGAAGGUGGAAUGGACCUCUUUGCAUUUGAAGAUUUCUUGCUUGAGGAGAAGCGUAAAGAACAAGAGAAACUUGCGAAGGAGCAAGCUGAGAGGGAAAGGCAGGCAGAAGAGCAGAGGCGAAUUGAAGCGGAGAAGGCAGCAAGUGAAGCUGACAGAGCACAGGCAAAGGCAGAGAUCAUAAAGAGACGACAAAUGGUGCAAGAGUUGAUAAAAAAGGCUGUAAGGUCUGUAGAAGACGUUUGGUACAUAGAGCCUAAAGAGUUUAAAGGUGAGGACUUGGUGAAGUUAUACUAUAACCGAGGCUCAGGUCCUCUUGCUAAUGCUAAGGAACUAUGGAUUCAUGGGGGGCAUAAUGGUUGGAAGGAUGGAUUGUCAAUUGUUGAAAGGCUUGUUAGCUCUGAGAGAAAGGAUGGUGACUGGUGGUAUGCCAAUGUUGUUGUACCUGAACAAGCUAUUGUCUUGGAUUGGGUUUUUGCUGAUGGACCACCCCAGAAUGCCGUUUUAUAUGAUAACAAUCACCGUCAUGAUUUCCAUGCUAUAGUUCCAAAAUCCAUUCCUGAGGAACUAUAUUGGGUUGAGGAAGAACACCAGAUAUAUAAGAAGCUCCAGGAGGAGAGGAGAUUAAGGGAGGAGGCAAUACGUGCCAAGGCUGAAAGAACAGCUCGUAUGAAAGCAGAAAUGAAGGAAAGAACUUUCAAAAGGUUUUUGCUGUCUCAGAAGCAUAUAGUAUACACUGAGCCUCUUGAUGUUCAAGCUGGUAACAAGGUGACAGUUUUCUACAAUCCUGCCAACACAGUUCUGAAUGGAAAGCCUGAGGUUUGGUUGAGAGGAUCAUUUAACCGUUGGACCCACCGUAAGGGUCCAUUGCAACCACAGAAGAUGUUACCUACAGAGAAUGGUUCUCAUGUCAAAACCACUGUUUCAGUUCCGCUGGAUGCAUACAUGAUGGACUUUGUUUUCUCUGAGACGGAAGAUGGUGGACUUUUUGACAACAAAAAUGGCAUGGAUUACCACAUUCCAGUGUUUGGAGGAUUGCUUAAGGAGUCACCAAUGAACAUUGUGCAUAUUUCUGUUGAAAUGGCCCCCAUUGCAAAGGUUGGAGGUCUUGGUGAUGUGGUUACGAGUCUCUCACGAGCUGUACAAGACUUAAAUCACCACGUUGACAUCAUUCUUCCAAAGUAUGACUGUUUGAACCUUAGCAAUGUGAAGGAGUUUCAGUAUAAAAGAGGCUUCUCUUGGGGAGGAACUGAAAUAAAAGUUUGGUUUGGGAAAGUGGAAGGUGUUUCAGUCUACUUUUUGGAGCCUCAAAAUGGAUUCUUUCAUGCAGGUUGCAUAUAUGGUUGUAAAAAUGAUGCAGAGAGAUUUGGUUUCUUUUGCCAUGCUGCGCUAGAAUUUCUACUCCAAAGUGGAUUUCAUCCUGAUAUCAUUCAUUGCCAUGAUUGGUCAAGUGCACCUGUUGCGUGGUUAUUUAAAGAUCAUUACAUGCAUUAUGGUCUUAGUAAAGCUCGGGUUGUUUUCACAAUUCAUAACCUUGAGUUUGGAGCGCCCUUCAUUGGUAAAGCUGUGGCAUAUUCAGACAAGUCCACGACUGUAUCCAACACUUAUGCUAAGGAGGUAUCUGGAAAUCCUGCAGUUGCUCCGCAUCUUUACAAGUUUCAUGGUAUAAUAAAUGGAAUUGACCAAGAUAUAUGGGAUCCAUACAAUGAUAAGUUCAUUCCUAUAUCAUAUACUUCUGAAAAUGUUGUUGAAGGCAAACAAGCUGCCAAGGAAGCCUUGCAACAAAGGCUUGGUCUGAAAAAAGCUGAUCUCCCUGUAGUAGGUAUUAUUACUCGCUUAACUCACCAGAAAGGAAUCCAUCUCAUCAAGCAUGCCAUUUGGCGUACCUUGGAACGCAAUGGGCAGGUUGUAUUGCUUGGUUCAGCUCCAGAUCCUCGUAUCCAAAAUGAUUUUGUAAAUUUGGCAAAUCAGUUACAUUCUUCUCAUGCUGAUCGUGCUCGCCUCUGUUUGACUUACGAUGAGCCACUGUCGCAUUUGAUAUACGCUGGUGCUGAUUUCAUCUUAGUUCCUUCAAUUUUUGAGCCGUGCGGUCUCACCCAACUCAUAGCAAUGAGAUAUGGUUCAAUACCUGUUGUUCGAAAAACCGGAGGACUUUAUGAUACGGUAUUUGAUGUUGACCAUGAUAAAGAGAGAGCAAACGCCCAGGGUGUCGAGCCAAAUGGUUUCAGCUUUGAUGGAGCUGAUGCUGCUGGUGUUGAUUAUGCUCUUAAUAGGGCAAUCUCCGCUUGGUAUGAUGGUCGGGAUUGGUAUAACUCGCUGUGCAAGACGGUGAUGCAGCAAGAUUGGUCUUGGAACAAGCCAGCUCUCGACUAUAUGGAGCUUUACCACGCAGCACGGAAGGGGUGAAUAUAAGACAUCAGAUAACUCAUAGAUGGAUGUGUACAGAUUCAGCGCUAGAUCUCCGAUAAUUUUCUCAUUCGAUAGCUUUAAGUAACUGCAUAAAUAAUGCAAGGGACUAAAAAUGGUCAAUCCAUUUUUGUGUUCCAUAGUGUCGAUAGGAUUAUAGCAUUUUGGUAUUACCUUUUGUACAAGUUUGAGUUACUUCAUGUAGAUUCUAUCAAGGCCAAAACAACAAAAAUGUGAUCGUUAGUUUUCGCGAAUCUCACUUAUGCCUUCUGGAAGUCA